UAAUGCGAUCAACCAAUACCACAUACAAAGGAAUUGCAAGCUUUUCGUGCCCUAGGGGAUAUAAUUUGAUUGGAGAAAAGACUGCACAAUGCUUGGAGACGGGAAAUUGGAAUGCUUCUACGCCGAGAUGUGAAAUUGUAAGUUGCGGUAAACCUCCAAUUCCAAGCAAUGGUGCUAUUACUGGAAAAUACACAUAUAACUCAAGAGCUUACGUAACAUGUAACAAUGGUUAUAAGUUGUCUGGGACAUAUCGACUCACAUGCAACAGCAAUGGGGCAUGGAAUGACGCGCCCGGAGUUUGUACAGAAACACGUUGUUUUCCUCUAACGACUCUUACUCAUGGCUCAAUUAAUUGGACAAACGGACAAAAAUUUGAAUUCAAAGUUGGAGCAACUCUGGAAUUUGCAUGCGCUGUCGGGUACGACCUCGUUGGAUCAACAUCUUUAGAAUGCACUCAGGAAACAAAUAUAGACGCCAGAUGGAGCCACGAAGUUCCUUCCUGCGCAGCAAAACAGUGUUCAAAUCUUACUGCUCCUGUCCAUGGCUACAUAAGAGGAUCAAAUAAUCGUCAUCCCAACAGUGUUUAUUUUGGAUGUGACUUUGGAUAUAUAAUCUCUAAUGGCAGUAGUAAGCUGACCUGUGGUCAUACUGGACAGUGGAAUGGAAGAGUGCCGCAGUGUAUAAAGGUGAAAUGUGUAUCGCCAGUUGAAACAAGUAAUCUAAACUGUACUGGAGGAUAUCAAUUUGGAGAUCAACUUAAUUGCGCAUGCCCGUAUGGCUUCGCUCUGAUUGGCCACCCUACACUUCAAUGCACAGGAAGCGGACAAUGGACAGCUCAAAUCCCGCAAUGCCAACAGGUUGUAUGUAGAAAUCCGCGUCUGCCAACAAACGGUGGCUACGUCACUGUAAGUUCAUUUUACGUUGGGGGCAAUGCUACGUACUCGUGUGGCAGCGGGUACGAUCUGGUUGGCUCAAAACAGAGAACAUGCAAACAACUUUUGGAAAAUUCGGCAGUUGGAUUCUGGGACGGACAUCCGCCACACUGUACACCUAAACGAUGCAGUGUACCUGAAGAUCCUGUCAAUGGCAUCGUAAUCGGAACCAAUUUUUAUUAUCCGUACUCCAUUGAAUAUCAGUGUCACUUUGGGUUCGAAGAAGAGUCUGGAAACGUAAAACGAACAUGUGAUUCAACAGGACAAUGGAGUGGACUACCAUUAGUUUGUCAGGAUGUAUGCGUGGGUUUGCAAUCGAGAUGCUCUGAAAUAGAAAAAUGUAUUGUUGGCUCGAACGGACAAGGCUUGUGUGUGUGCCAAGAUCAUUCUUAUUGUUCACAAAAAUCCAAUCCGGUAUGUGCUACUGACGGACAGACGUACCUGAACGAAUGCUUCUUGAAGAUAACAGCUUGUAACUUGCGUUUGUCAGACUUGCAAAUAGUAGCUAAGGGACAUUGCAAACCUAGCAACUCGAUAAAAACGCGUUAAAUUUUGUAAUAUCGGCUGUAGAUAAUUAUUUGGAAUUUCAUUGCUGUUAUGUUUGGAAUACCGAAUAACCGAUGGCAAUUUAGGAAAUUACAUCUGUUUUGUGAUUUAGCUUUACUAAA